AUGGAAAGAAAUCACUAUCUGUCCGGUUCGUAUGACGGUCUGUCGGACGGCGACCGCGACCAGCACCACCACCAGCGGCAGUACUUCAAGAGCUCGUUCGCCAAGUCCAUGGCGCUGGAGACGACCAAGUCGCUGAACUUUGCCGACCUGGACUUGACCGGCGGCGGCAACGGCCGGUACAACACCGUCGGAUCGCAGCGGCAGGUAAAUAGAAGACUUUCUCAAAGGUUUGAAACAAAUGAAAACAACGAAUCAUUCGAAUUUAUUAGAAAAGAAUACAAACAUUUACAAAAUCUUUACGACGACUUGCGUUCAAAACACGAGAAACUGAUGCAGAAAGAUGCCAAUGACCACCAGGCGCCUUGCAUCGAGUUGACAUUGGCAAAAUCCCAAGUAGACACUCUUCAGUGGCAAUUGAAGCAGGUCGAGGCUAGUAAUCAAAUGUAUAAAGCAGUGUUGGAACAAGUGUCUAAAUUCUUGGAAAAAGCGCACACGUCUUUAAACACGAACCACGACAAACCUAGUCUACCCAUUAAGAAUAGAAGACCAUCACUGAAGAGUAACAGAGGAGAGUAUACAGAAAAGCUAUCGCUAGAAGCAUAUAGAUUGUAUCGCACCGUUCAGUCUAUAAUUCAUACCAAAGAACCAGAUCUAGUCCAACACUUAACACCGUGCUAUAGUACAUUGUUUGAAAAGAACAGCAACUCUUCACUUUGCAGUUGUGAUUCUUUACCGGCCGUUUGUAAUGGUGUAAAAUGCUUGGAAGUUUCUAGUAGCAGUUCAAACCACAGUGAAACAUCUAUUAAAGGAUCAGACUUUUUCAAAAAAGAAACUAAGCAGAAAAAUAAUGUUAUUGAAGAUGAGAGUGGUUUUUCAUCAAUCAGUUCACACGAUAACAGUAAUUCUCCUACUUACCCCGAAUUGGGAUUGCCACCAACCGGACAUUUUCCAAUUGAUAAAGUUUCUAGAAGGUGGAGUUCUGUGUCCACUACACCUAUUAAUCAAUCAUUUAAUUACCACACGACUGGAAGUUCAAAUACUUCGCCGCCUAUUAAAGUUUGUUGGGUAUAA